GUUGUCAUAUGAAUUCAUGGUUCACGUUGUUUCACAUUGCCGUGGUAGCAUUUCUAGCUACAACAUGGGAUUUGGGAACGACAAGUGACAGUGUGAUGACUGUAUAUCAAGUUUAGUGUGAACAGCAGUGUAGAAAAUAACAGUUUAUGUCCUAGAUCUGUAUUUCUGCCGGAGGUUGGCGGGGACAAACAGAAGUCACGAUGGUGAAAGAGCAGUUUAGAGAGACUGAUGUGGCCAAAAAAAUAAGCCACAUCUGUUUUGGGAUGAAGUCGGCUGAACAGAUGAGACAGCAGGCUCAUAUCCAAGUGGUCAGUAAGAACCUGUACAGCCAGGACACCAGCCAUACUCCUCUACCAUACGGAGUACUGGAUCAUCGCAUGGGCACCAGUGAGAAGGAUCGUCCUUGUGACACGUGUGGGAAGAACCUGGCUGACUGUCUGGGACACUAUGGGUAUCUGGACCUGGAGAUGCCCUGUUUCCAUGUGGGCUAUUUCAAAGCCACCAUUGGAAUCCUACAGAUGAUCUGUAAGACGUGUUCUCACAUCAUGCUGACCAAAGAGGAGAAACUACAGUUUAUGGAUGUGUUGAAGAGGCCAGGCCUAGCGUACCUCCAGAAACGAGGAAUGAAGAAGAAGAUAUCCGACAAAUGCCGCAAAAGGACAAUGUGUCUCAAUUGCUCCACGUUAAAUGGACCAGUGAAGAAGUGUGGCUUGCUGAAGAUCCUCCACGAGAAAUACAAGACAACCAAGAAAGUGGUGGACACUGUAGUAUCAGACUUUCUCAACUCAUUCGAUAUCGCAAUAGAACACAACAAAGAAGUGGAGGGCUUGCUUAACAGGGCUCAGGAGAACCUGAGUCCUCUAGUGGUGCUGAACCUCUUCAGGAGGAUACCAGCGGAGGACAUUCCCCUGCUCCUGAUGAACCCUGAGGCAGGUAAGCCCGCAGACCUCAUCCUCACCCGCCUGCUGGUACCUCCGCUCUGCAUCCGCCCCUCUGUCAUCUCAGACCUCAAGUCAGGUACUAAUGAGGAUGACCUCACCAUGAAACUCACAGAGAUCAUCUUCCUCAAUGAUGUCAUCAAGAAGCACCGUAUGUCAGGGGCCAAGACCCAGAUGAUCAUGGAGGACUGGGACUUCCUCCAGCUGCAAUGUGCUCUCUACAUCAACAGUGAGCUCUCUGGCAUCCCCCUCAACAUGGCCCCUAAGAAGUGGACCAGAGGCUUCGUUCAGAGACUCAAGGGCAAACAAGGGCGAUUCCGUGGAAACCUCUCGGGGAAGAGAGUGGAUUUCUCUGGGAGAACGGUCAUCUCUCCGGACCCCAACCUGCGGAUUGAUGAGGUGGCUGUCCCUGUGCACGUAGCCAAAAUCCUGACCUACCCAGAGAAGGUGAACAAGGCCAACUUGGAGAUGCUGAGGAAGCUGGUGCGGAGCGGUCCAGAGGUCCACCCUGGAGCCAACUUCAUCCAGCAACGACACACGCAGAUGAAGAGGUUUCUGAAGUACGGGAACCGAGACAAGAUGGCCCAGGAGCUGAGGUUUGGAGACGUGGUGGAGAGACACAUGAUCGAUGGAGACAUCGUCCUCUUCAACCGACAGCCCUCUCUACACAAACUCAGCAUCAUGGCUCAUAUUGCCAAAGUGAAGCCUCACAGAACGUUCCGGUUUAACGAGUGUGUGUGCACGCCGUACAACGCUGACUUUGACGGGGAUGAGAUGAACCUUCACCUUCCCCAGACAGAGGAGGCCAAGGCUGAAGCCCUGGUGCUGAUGGGGACCAAAGCCAACCUGGUGACCCCCAGGAACGGAGAGCCUCUGAUUGCUGCAAUUCAAGACUUUCUGACAGGAGCCUACCUGUUGACCCUGAAGGACACAUUCUUCGAUAGGUCUAAAGCCUGCCAGAUAGUGGCCUCUAUCCUGGUGGGGGUGGAUGAGAGGAUCAAGAUAGCUCUCCCACACCCUGCCAUACUCAAGCCCAUGACUCUGUGGACAGGGAAGCAGAUCUUUGGUCUGAUCCUGAAGCCCAGUAAGGCCUGUCCAGUCAAGGCCAACCUGAGGACCAAGGGGAAACAGUACAGUGGGAAAGGAGAGGACCUCUGCAGCAACGACUCCUUCGUGGUGAUCCAGAACAGUGAGUUGAUGUGUGGUACCAUGGAUAAGGGCACAUUGGGCUCUGGCUCCAAGAAGAACAUAUUCUACAUCCUGCUGAGAGACUGGGGGCAGCUGGAGGCAGCCAACGCCAUGUCUCGUCUGGCCCGCAUCGCCCCUACAUACCUCUCCAACCGGGGUUUCUCCAUCGGUAUUGGUGACGUGACCCCAGGCCAGGGUCUGCUGAAGGCCAAACAGGACCUGCUGGAUGGAGGCUAUGCCAAGUGUGACGAGUACAUCGAGGCCCUGAAGACGGGCAAACUGCAGCAGCAACCAGGCUGCACGGCUGAGGAGACGCUGGAGGCCCUCAUCCUGAAGGAGCUGUCUGUUAUCAGAGACCAUGCCGGCAGCGCCUGCCUCAGAGAACUGGACAAGACCAACAGUCCUCUGAUUAUGGCUCUGUGUGGCUCCAAAGGAUCCUUCAUCAACAUCUCCCAGAUGAUCGCCUGCGUGGGCCAGCAGGCUAUAAGCGGCUCUCGAGUGCCCGACGGCUUUGAGAACCGCUCGCUGCCACACUUUGAGAAGCACUCUAAACUUCCUGCAGCUAAAGGGUUUGUAGCUGACAGCUUUUAUUCAGGCCUGACGCCGACGGAGUUCUUUUUCCACACUAUGGCUGGUCGAGAGGGCUUGGUAGACACCGCUGUUAAAACAGCGGAGACCGGAUACAUGCAGAGGCGUCUGGUGAAGUCGUUGGAGGACCUGUGUUCCCAGUAUGAUCUGACGGUACGGAGCUCCACUGGUGACAUCAUUCAGUUUGUCUACGGGGGGGACGGCCUGGACCCGGCCGCCAUGGAGGGGAAAGAUGAACCGUUGGAGUUCAACAGAGUUCUGGACAACAUCCGGUCUGUCCAUACGUGUUCAGAGCAGCCAGCCCUUAGUAAGAAUGAGUUGGUCCUGACAGCAGAGUCCAUCAUGAAGAGGAGUGACUUCAAGUGCUGCCGAGACAGCUUCCUCGAGGAGAUCAAAAAGUUCAUCAAGGCUACAUCUGAGAAAAUCAAGAAGACCAGGGACAAAUACGGCAUCAACGACAAUGGCACCACUGAGCCCAGAGUUCUGUAUCAGUUGGACCGCAUCACUCCAAGCCAGCUAGAGAAGUUUCUGGAGACCUGCAGGGACAAGUACAUGAGAGCUCAGAUGGAGCCAGGCUCAGCAGUAGGAGCCCUGUGUGCCCAGAGCAUUGGGGAGCCUGGCACCCAGAUGACCCUGAAAACCUUCCACUUUGCUGGGGUAGCCUCCAUGAACAUCACCCUGGGGGUCCCACGCAUCAAGGAGAUCAUCAACGCCUCCAAGAACAUCAGCACACCUAUAAUCAGCGCUCACUUGGAUGUGGACGACGACGCAGACUUCGGCCGUCUGGUGAAAGGGAGGAUUGAGAAGACCCUUCUGGGAGAGAUUUCAGAGUACAUUGAAGAGGUGUUUCUGCCAGACGACUGUUUCAUUCUGGUCAAGCUGUCACUGGAGAGGAUCAGACUGCUACGACUAGAGGUGAAUGCAGAGACAGUCCGCUACUCUAUCUGCAUGUCUAAGCUGAGAGUGAAGCCUGGAGACAUAGCUGUACACGGGGAGGCAGUGGUCUGUGUAUCUCCCAGGGAAAACAGCAAGAGCUCCAUGUACUACGUCCUCCAGUCUCUAAAGGAUAACCUGCCCAAGGUGGUGGUACAGGGUAUCCCUGAGGUCUCCAGAGCUGUCAUUCACAUCGACGAGCAGACCGGCAAGAACAAGUACAAGCUGCUGGUUGAGGGAGACAACCUACGCAGUGUCAUGGCAACCCACGGUGUCAACGGCAACAGGACCACCUCAAACAACACCUAUGAGGUUGAGAAGACGAUUGGUAUCGAGGCUGCUAGGUCCACCAUCAUCAAUGAGAUCCAGUACACCAUGGUGAACCACGGCAUGAGCAUCGACAGGCGACACGUCAUGCUCCUGGCUGACCUCAUGUCCUAUAAGGGUGAGAUUCUGGGUAUCACCCGGUUUGGCCUGGCUAAGAUGAAGGAGAGCGUGUUGAUGCUGGCGUCCUUCGAGAAAACUGCCGACCAUCUCUUUGACGCUGCGUACUUUGGUCAGAAGGACUCGGUCUGUGGUGUAUCUGAAUGCAUCAUCAUGGGAAUCCCCAUGAACAUUGGUACAGGACUGUUCAAGCUCUUACACAAGGCUGAUAAGGACCCCACGCCACCCAGGAGACCCCUGCUCUUCGACAGUCCCGACUUCCACAUCCCCUUGGUUACAUAGUAGAACCCUGGGCUCGCGUCUGUCCCAGUAGAACCCUGGGCUCGCGUCUGUCCCAGUAGAACCCUGGGCUCGCGUCUGUCCCAGUAGAACCCUGGGCUCGCGUCUGUCCCAGUAGAACCCUGGGCUCGCGUCUGUCCCAGUAGAACCCUGGGCUCGUGUCUGUCCCAGUAGAACCCUGGGCUCGUGUCCGUCCCAGUAGAACCCUGGGCUCGUGUCUGUCCCACACCCAACAUCUAAUAAUGUAAAAUAAUAUGGUCAUUUAGUAGAUGCUUUAAUCCAUUGGCACCUACAGUUACAUAGUGGCACAUCUGCAGUAUAUGUGGCCAUUGUGGGAACCAACCCCACAACCCUUACUGUACUGAUCUGAUCAAGGCACUCUCAUUGUAUAUGCUUAUUUUGCUAUCAAUGAGUGUGUGUGUGUGUGUGUGUGUUAGGGUGGUGUGUGUGUGGCGUUGGGGUUAGGGUGGUGUGUGUGUGGCGUUGGGGUGGUGUGUGUGUGGCGUUGGGGUUGUGUGUGAGUGUGUGUGUGGGGGGGGGUUAGGGUGUGUGUGUGUGGCGUUGGGGUGGUGUGUGUGUGUGUGUGUGGGGGGGGGGGGUUAGGGUGUGAGUGUGUGUGUGUGGCGUUGGGGUGUGUGUGUGUGUGUGUGUGUGUGUGUGUGUGAUGGAGCAAAGGAGCAUGGGGCCUUUUUAAAAUGAAGCUUUUUGUUUUCUCUCCGUGAAGCUUCAUACAACAACCUCUUCCUUUUGGCUUUCUGUUUAUUGUGUUAUUUUAUACCACUGCUUCUAAUUCACAGGACUACAGGUGAGAGAGAAGUGCCUGUCAAAACGUCUCCAGCUCUUCCACAAUGGAACACGGACGUUCCCCUGUUUUUUAUUUGUUUAGUCGUGGCCUCAUGUGUUAACUCUCUUUAUUAUGUUCCUCGUCUGUUUUCCCCACGCUUCCCCUUUCUGAACUGACAAUAAAGUGACGCUGGAAAGAGUGACGCGUUGAAGUCACUGAUUUGAUUAGAUCAUAUGGUUUGAUGUGGUUCACUGGCUGAAAGGAGCCUGUUCCCAGGUCUGUAGGGUAUGUGGUUCACUGGCUGAAAGGAGCCUGUUCCCAGGUCUGUAGGGUAUGUGGUUCACUGGCUGAAAGGAGCCUGUUCCCAGGUCUGUAAGGUAUGUGGUUCACUGGCUGAAAGGAGCCUGUUCCCAGGUCUGUAAGGUAUGUGGUUCACUGGCUGAAAGGAGCCUGUUCCCAGGUCUGUAGGGUAUGUGGUUCACUGGCUGAAAGGAGCCUGUUCCCAGGUCUGUAAGGUAUGUGGUUCACUGGCUGAAAGGAGCCUGUUCCCAGGUCUGUAAGGUAUGUGGUUCACUGGCUGAAAGGAGCCUGUUCCCAGGUCUGUAGGGUAUGUGGUUCACUGGCUGAAAGGAGCCUGUUCCCAGGUCUGUAGGGUAUGUGGUUCACUGGCUGAAAGGAGCCUGUUCCCAGGUCUGUAGGGUAUGUGGUUCACUGGCUGAAAGGAGCCUGUUCCCAGGUCUGUAGGGUAUGUGGUUCACUGGCUGAAAGGAGCCUGUUCCCAGGUCUGUAAGGUAUGUGCUUGAGCCAACUCUUCUGACUGUCAUUGACACACAGCUUUGUUAUGCCAUUCAUGUUUGGUGUGACACUGAUUUGAACGACCUUGAGAGGACUUGGCUGAAGCACGGAGCCAUCUGGAGCCUGGUUACUAUGAACCCUGUGUAUACUAUGUUGAUAGCCUUGGAUGCCCAGGCUUCUCUCCUGUUGCUUCUUAAGGUGAGGUUUACUAUAUGGUGACUGUUCUCUAAAACCUCAAUCAAAUUGGCUUUUUGUGUUUACUGCUUGGCUUGGGGGGGUUUCUCAGUGUUUAAAACAUCCCUCUAUUGUAGGUAUGGAUGAGUCCUUAUGGUUUAAAACAUCCCUGUACUCUGUGUAUGGAUGAGUCCUUAUGGUUUAAAACAUCCCUGUACUCUGUGUAUGGAUGAGUCCUUAUGGUUUAAAAUAUCCCUGUACUCUGUGUAUGGAUGAGUCUUUCUGGUUUAAAACAUCCCUGUACUCUGUGUAUGGAUGAGUCCUUAUGGUUUAAAACAUCCCUGUACUCUGUGUAUGGAUGAGUCCUUAUGGUUUAAAACAUCCCUGUACUCUGUGUAUGGAUGAGUCCUUAUGGUUUAAAACAUCCCUGUACUCUGUGUAUGGAUGAGUCCUUAUGGUUUAAAACAUCCCUGUACUCUGUGUAUGGAUGAGUCUUUCUGGUUUAAAACAUCCCUGUACUCUGUG